AUGUGCUUUACAGAUGGUUCCAAGACUUCGUCUGGAACUGGUUCUGGUGCAUAUUGCAGCAGCAAUAACACUAAUCUGUGCUUCUCUUUAGGGAAGCUAGCUACUGUCUACCAGGCAGAAACUUUAGCCAUAUUGGCUUGUGUAAACAACUGCCUAGAUCGAGGCCUAAGCGGGAAGGUUAUCAGAAUAUUCUCUGAUAGCGAAGCUGUGUUGAAAGCUCUCAAUCGUAACUGUUUUACUACCAAAACAGUUUGGGAGUGCCAUAAUGCACUGGUAAGCCUAGCUGGCAGUAAUGGGGUGUCCCUUUACUGGGUUCCUGGUCACCGUGACAUUUUAGGUAACGAAUUGGCAGAUCAGUUAGCUAAACAAGGCUCCAAUGUACCGUUUAUGGGACCCGAGCCUGUCCUCUGCCUGCCCUACAAUGCAGUAAGGAUCACUGCAAAGAACCUUCUCAUGGAUGAAUCUUAUGGCCUGUGGCUUCAAUAUUCAACCUGGCUUGGUCUUCUUCGUGAUCCUUCCACGAAUCAGACAUUUGAAGCAGAUCAUCGCAAUCGUUCAAAGGCGAUAGAAAAUUCCUUUUCGGAGGAGCAGUACUUCUACAACUGGAAGGAAUGCUGCAUUGCCGCGGAAGAGUGCUGCGAAAGAAUGACUCGUGAGCCUGUAGACCAAAUCGAUGGUCCUUACUGCCCAAGAACUUGGGAUGGAUGGCAGUGUUGGGAUGACACACCUGCUGGAACUACAGCUCAACAGCCUUGCCAAGCUCAUAUCUAUUUUCAGACAACACCUCCAUCUUGUACAAAAUACGCAUACAAAACUUGUUGGGAGAAUGGAACUUGGCUGCUCAAUGAAAAUAACAGGGAAUGGACAAACUACUCUAAAUGUGGAAGAGUGGAUGAACAUCGGCGGUUCUUAUACUUUCACAUAGCAACAUAUGCUGUUUCCGUUGUUUCCAUGAUUCCAGCCCUGAUCAUAUUUUCAGUAUACAAGCAAUUACAGGUACAACGAAUAACAAUGCACAAGAACCUAUUUCUGUCGCUUUUUCUGAAUGGGGUUGUUGUCCUGCUCUUCAAAUCUUUGGUCGUGCUAGAUGAGUUUAAUAGAUCACCUACGUACCAAACUACCAUGCAAAAGAACGGAGCAACCUGUAGAGCUUUGUUCGUCCUGACAAAAUACUUUCGCAUGACUAACUACAUGUGGAUGUUUUGCGAAGGAUUUUACCUCCAUAAGCUUAUUGCUGCAGCUUUUGCAGAACAAAAGAAUCUACUGAUGUUUUAUAUCAUAGGAUGGGUGGUUCCAUUGCUUCCAGUGGGAAUCUAUACUGUAAUACGAAAGACUAUGUUUGAUGAAAAGUGCUGGGCUCUACCAGCAGAGGAGUAUGAAUGGAUAAUGAAUGCUCCAAACAUGCUGAGUCUCCUGAUCAAUUUGUUCUUUCUGUGUAAUAUAAUUCGAGUUCUGGUAACGAAAUUACGAGCAACUCAUUCUAAUGAACCAAGUCAAUACAGGAAAGCUGUUCGCGCUACUCUGGUUUUAGUUCCUUUAUUUGGUCUUCAUUUUGGUCUCAUCAUAUACAGGCCUCAAUCGGGCAAAUGUGGGUUUCUAGAAGCCUACACUUAUUUUAGCCACACUCUCGAUGGAUUGCAGGGAUUCUUUGUUUCACUGAUAUUUUGCUACAUGAAUGGAGAAGUCUUAUACCUCACGAAACGAACUUAUCAGAGGUAUCGACUCAGUCGCCAUCUUGGAAGUCGAACCCAAAACAGCAUUAUGAUGAACCCUGUUUCAAUGACGCAGAUGUCGACGAUGGUCGAAAGUCAGUCAAGCUUCCAAAGAGGUCUUCACUACAGGACAAAAGGUGGCGACAAUAAAAGAGACGGCUAUAACUCAGUGGCUGAAGGCAGCACAUUCAGCACUGUUGAAGAUGACGUGGCAGAGGUGUAACGAUCACUCACAGACCAAUCAGAGAAUCAGAAAGAGAUGACGAAGAUCCAUUAUAACAUUUCACAGUGUAAAAGUUUUCCACUGAUCACUUAAAACAAAUAAAGUAGUUUGAUGCUUGUUUCACAACACUCGCAAUAUAGUCGCAAAUCGUUGUUGUCACCUUUUAUACCCCUAGAACUACAAACCGGGUUUAAUAUCUACCCCAAACAGACUGGGUUUUUUACAUUUUUAACUAGGUUUUCAGCAGGUUUAGCUAUUUAAAUCGUAUUUUCACUACUAAAUUUUGAUAAAAUUG